AUACCUUCCUUCUUUUACAAGUCCAGCUUCUUUCAGUUUUUUAAUCUGUGAAUUGAAGCUAUUAUUAUGUGCAGUUGCCAAUUGGGAAUCAAAAGGAAAGCCAUAAACUAAUCAGCCUGCAAUAACCUCUUCGAUGUCUAUACCGAACACCAAAUUUAGUUUGCUCUUUCUCUCCUUAAUCUUAUAAAAUUAGCCAAAAAGCUAACUUAAUUAACUUAAACCUUGUUCAAAAUCAAUUGAGAUUAGGAUACCAAGUUACUGCCAAAUGAUACAGUCCAUCUUACUAAUUAUGGGCUAAUCAUUAAUUAAUUCUUAGCCCAAUUUGAUAAUUCCCCAGAAUUUUUACAUUUUUAUGUCGGUAUUCGGAACUCAAUUCAAACAUGAACUCUUAUCUUCUCUCUCUCUCUCUCCCUCCGAGCAAAAAGGCAAAUAUCAACCGACUUCUUAAGCUAUUUGCCGUUAGUUCCUCAUGAAACACUCAAUUAAUCAGUCAAAUUUCAUGGUGUGAACAUUUCAUAUGGUCAGUAUACAUCUGCCAUAUUUUUUUUGCAAUCACAUCUCGAAUAAAUAAAAAUUAAAAAGGUUGUUGCGAAAAUAAAUACUGUAAUUUUAUCUCCUAAAGGUGGUGACGGUGGAAGUGUAGUGGGAUUUAUCAUUUUAUGUGUACUGGUGAAACUCAGAAGGGUACUAUUUUUAUGGCGGCUGAUCAGAGUUUCAGCUUUUGAAAUUCCUUAUUAUCCACAUAUAAAACCUUCUUCCCUUCGUUUCAAAACAAAGGACCCUUCAAUUUUUGCGGCAGAAUACCCUUGGCAGGGUAGGUCUUUACAAAAACUGCUUUUAUUCAAUAAAAAGAAAAACCCCAGAUUACAUUGGUUUUCAUGUGCUUACUCAACAAGGUGGCGCACCAAAGAGGGUCAGGUCAGUACGUCAGGUUCCCUCCUGUUGGAGAUGGCGGUGAAGAACAGCAAGAGGAUAGCUACACCCAAGAAAUACAAUCCCAGCUGUCUCAAAUUCGAGAAUCCAACCAACCGAUGAUCCAACAUAGGAACAACACAGAAAUGGUUUUUGGACCACAAGGUCAAGCAACCGAGAUGUCAGCAAUGGUAUCUGCCCUGACACAUGUUGUUUCCGGGCAAAGAGCUGCUGCUGAUUGGGUUUACGGUGCUAACUUGGCUGGCAUGGUCACGCCUAGUUUUGGACAUAGCGGCUCCGCUGCUUCUCCUUCUUCUUAUUCUUCUUCUGCUUCUCCUUCUGGUUCUGGUUCUGCUUCCGGUUCUGGUCUAUGGAUUGGUCAAAAAAGAGGGCGUGAAGAAGAGGGUGCUGCUCAAUUGAUUGAGUCUGUAACAAGGGUUCAAAGACCUUUUGGUGAUUUCAGAGGCUCUCAUGCCGAUUCAUCAUCUGGUGCAACUACUGUUACUGAAGAAACUACAACCGUUGUUGCGCCACCUACCACAACUGCACCUUCAACCACAUCAACAGAAACAGCAGCAGCAGCCUAUGAAGAAACCGGCGAGCGAAGAAGAAGAUAUAGAGGCGUUAGGCAAAGGCCAUGGGGAAAAUGGGCAGCAGAAAUACGUGAUCCACACAAAGCAGCAAGAGUUUGGCUCGGUACAUUUGAUACAGCGGAAGCCGCGGCAAGAGCCUAUGACGACGCUGCCUUGAGAUUCAGGGGAAACAGGGCCAAGUUAAAUUUCCCGGAACAUGUCAGGCUAGUUCCGCAACCAAUGCAAAAUUUUCCUGCCACCCAAACAUCAGUUUCUACUUCUCUAACAACCCAUUUCCCACCAUCUCAUUCUACGCAUAUGCCACCAUAUUACCAAUCCCAACCUCUUCAGAGCUCUAAUGUUGAUAUGCUGAGAGAUUAUUGGCAGUACUCUCAGUUGCUACAGAGUUCUACUGAUUUCCAUGGACAACAAACUACAAGCUUGCUAGAGCAGAUGAUUCAACCUUCUCAACUGGCUAAUAUUCAACAACCAAUGCUAUCUUCUUCUUUGUCAUCUUUGCCAUCUUCAUUUGCAGCUUCAUCUGCAGCUUCAUCUGCUUCUGGUUCUUCAUCAUCUUCCUCUGCUUCUUUUCCUCUGCUUUUUGCUGAACAGCAACAAAUGGGCAUUUUAAGGCAACAGUUUAAUCAAACUCAAGCUAGUGGGUCAGAUUUUCCAGUGCCACCGUCGUCUCCGCCUGGUCAUUAUCCUUCAUCCACUGGUUAAUGGCAAUCCCAAUUUUUUAAUAAAUAAAUAUUUUUAAAAUUUUAGGAUGAUUACCCUUUUUUUAUUUUAUUCUUUUGUUGAACUUUGUAUUUGCAUGUAGCUAGUUUGAUUUGAAUUAUUGUCAUCAUCCUUAUUGUUUAAAAAAAAAGAGAAACAAACAAACAAACAAAAGGAACAUAAAAAUCAGUAUAAAGUUAAGAGGGGAUAAAAACAAAGAGGCAUUUAGGAUUUUAGGCAUAGUUCGAUUCUCAAGGAUUUGAUGUUUACUUUCUCUCAAUUAUCGAACGAAAGAUGUAGAAACCAACAGCUCUUUUCAAGCUGUCUGUUGUUUGCUUUACAGCCAAAGAUUCAUUAAGAAUGUACUUUGUUUUUUUUUUUUUUUUGUUUUAAAUCUUAUUGUGAUUGAUAAUUA